GGGGGCGGGGCUUAACGGGAUGUCGCUGCCACAAACGAGUAGUGUACAAGUGUGGUUGUGUGAUCCGUUUCAGUGUUAUUUUGUCAGAUUAUUUGAACUUCACAUUAAGACUGUCAGUAGUGAUUCGUGACGGUGGUACCUUCACCUUCACCGUCGGUCGCUGGUUUUAAACUGUUUGAAGAUAUUCAGCCAUAGUCGGACUAGGAUUGGGAGCUGAAGGUGUCGUUAUUAGCUAAGUGUAGCUAACGUGUUCCUUCAUAUCAGCUGCCUCAGCGCUGUAUGUGCGGCAACAACAUGUCAGCGCCUUUACCUGCCAUUGUGCCUGCUGCCCGGAAAGCUACCGCAGCGGUGAUAUUUCUGCAUGGCCUUGGGGAUACAGGGCAUGGCUGGGCCGAAGCCUUUGCAGGCAUCAGGAUACCACAUGUGAAAUACAUCUGCCCUCAUGCUCCCACCAUGCCUGUUUCUUUGAACAUGAGAAUGUCCAUGCCGUCCUGGUUUGAUAUCUAUGGGUUGAACCCAGAUGCAGAGGAAGAUGAGGGUGGGAUUAAGAGAGCGUCAGAGAACAUUAAAGCCUUGAUAGACCAAGAAGUGAAGAAUGGAAUACCUUCACACAGAAUUAUUCUGGGUGGAUUUUCACAAGGCGGAGCUUUGUCUCUCUACACGGCUCUGACGUCCCAGCAGAAGCUAGCCGGAGUGGUCGCUCUGAGCUGCUGGCUCCCUCUCCGCAACUCCUUCCCUCAGGCUUCUGCCCACAGUGCAAACAAGGACAUGCACGUCCUCCAGUGCCACGGGGAUUCCGACCCCCUGGUUCCUUUUGUGUUUGGCAGCCAGACAGCUGAGAAGAUGAAGAGCCUCGUCAAUCCAGCCAACAUCACCUUUAAGUCGUACCGGGGUCUACCUCACAGCGCCUGUCCAGAGGAAAUGGUGGAUGUGAAACGAUUCAUUGAGAAGCAGCUUCCGCCAAUCAGUGAUGAGUGAAAUUGAGUCGCCGCACAAUCCCACCGCUUCAUCUGAGUCUUUUGGGACUUUGUGGUCUCGAGGAAUCAGUGACUUACUUGACAUUAAAAACCACGCUGCUACUCAUAGAGCCAGACAGGACUGCGGCUCCAAGUCAAACCCAGGAGAGGCCUGACUUAACCUAUGCUGCAUCCUGACCUGGAUCCACUCACAGUCCUCAGUGUUACAGUAGAGUAACUCUAGUUGCUUGAUUGUAAGGCUGUUUGCUAUUAAGACGAGCCAUUUCUUGCAGGAAUUGUAUGUACUGGAAUUAUUAGGGCUAUACUUUAUGGUUCAAUACCUGCUAUCUCACAAUAAAUGGCCUGUUAAUUUUUUUUCA